AAAUAAUUUAAAUAAAAAAAAAAAAACCCAAACCAGAGAGAGAGAGAGAGAGAGGGAGGAGAGAGAAACCAAAGUGGAGUCACUAAAUACCCUCAUUUCAUCGCCAAAUCGUCCUUCUCCUUCUUCAAUCUCCUUCAAUCAAUCGAAUUCACAAUUUGUUUUAUGAUUGUGAUUAGAACUUUGAUCGGUCGUUAAUUGGAGGCAAACAUGGGCUGCGUGGAUGGCUGUGCUUGUUGAUUUUGCGGCGUUCGAGAACUGAGGGUUUAUCUUUUGAUUAUGAGGACAGACAUGGAUUUGAUAACUAGUUGCAAGGGAAAAUUGGCAGAAUUUCGAAUAAAGGAGCUCAAGGAUGUUCUCAAUCAACUGGGUCUUUCAAAGCAAGGAAAGAAGCAGGACCUUGUAGACCGGAUAUUAGCCAUUCUUUCUGAUGAACGAGUUUAUGGUAUGUGGGCAAAGAAAAAUGCUGUUGGGAAGCAUGAAGUAGCAAAACUAGUAGAUGACACUUUCAGGAAAAUGAAGGUUCCUGGAGCUCCUGAUUUAGCUUCGAAAGGACAAGCUGCAUCAGAUAGCAGUAAUGUGAGGCUCAAGGAGGAAAUUGAAGAUUCUUAUCCAACGGAUAAAAUCCGUUGUCUAUGUGGAAGUUCAUUGCAAGCUGAUUCAAUGAUUAAGUGUGAGGAUCCGAGGUGCCAGGUGUGGCAGCAUAUUGGUUGUGUUAUUAUUCCAGAGAAACCUAUGGAGGGUGUUCUACCUGCUCCUCCUGAUAUUUUCUAUUGUGAACUCUGUAGACUCAGUAGAGCUGAUCCCUUUUGGAUGACUGUGGCAAAUCCUUUGUAUCCUGUUAAGUUGACUACUACAAGUGUUCCAACAGAUGGUACCAACCCGACGCAGAGCAUUGAGAAAACAUUUCAACUUACAAGGGCAGACAAGGACUUGUUGUUGAAACAAGAGUAUGACGUUCAAGCUUGGUGUAUGCUUCUCAAUGACAAGGUUACAUUUAGGAUGCAGUGGCCACUGUAUGCCGACCUACAGGUCAAUGGUGUGCUGGUGCGGGCAAUUAAUAGACCUGGCACGCAAUUGCUAGGGGCUAAUGGUCGUGAUGAUGGCCCUGUUAUCACACCAUUCACCAGAGACGGAAUUAAUAAAAUUUCCUUAACAGGAUGUGAUUCUCGAGUGUUUAGUUUGGGGGUCAGAAUUGUGAAGCGACGUACUGUCCAGCAGAUUCUCAACUUGAUACCCAAGGAGUCAGAUGAUGAACAAUUUGAAGAGGCUCUUUCUCGUGUUCGCCGUUGUGUUGGUGGUGGAACUGAAAUGGAGAAUGCUGACAGUGACAGUGAUCUGGAAAUUGUUGCUGAUUUUAUUCCUGUCAACUUACGUUGUCCUAUGAGUGGCUUAAGAAUGAAGGUUGCUGGAAGAUUCAAACCUUGUCUCCACAUGGGCUGUUUUGACCUUGAAGUUUUUGUGGAAAUGAACCAACGAUCUAGAAAGUGGCAGUGCCCCAUUUGUCUCAAGAAUUACUGUCUGGAGAAUAUCAUCAUUGACCCAUAUUUCAAUCGUAUUACAUCUAAGAUGCGGAAUUCUGGAGAAGACGUGGCAGACAUUGAGGUGAAGCCUGAUGGUUCUUGGCGUGCAAAGGCGGAAAGUGAUCAUAGGGAGCUUGGUGAUCUUGGGAUGUGGCACUUCCCUGAUGGCACUCUUUGUGCCCCUAUGAAUGAAGAAGUUAAAUCUAGAUUAGAAGCUUUCAAGCAUGUCAAACAAGAAGGUGUUUCUGAAGGUCAUGCCAAUUUGAAACUCGGAAUCAGGAAGAACCGGAAUGGUUUAUGGGAAGUCAGUAAACCCGAAGAUUUGCAUGCUCUUUCUUCCGGUAAUAGAUUAGAAAAGUUUGAAAACAAUGGUCACAAUGUUAUCCCAAUGAGCAGUAGCGCAACGGGAAGUGGCAGGGAUGGUGAUGAUGCUAGUGUCAAUCAGGAUGGUGGCGGAAAUUUUGAUUUUUCGACCAACAAUGGGAUUGAACUCGAUUCAAUGUCUCUGAAUAUUGACCCUACUUAUGGAUUUACCAACCACAAUUCUACACCAUUAGCCAAUGCAGAAGUCAUUGUUCUCAGUGAUUCGGAGGAAGAGAACGACAUCCUGAUUUCUUCUGUCUACAAGAACAAUCAAACUGAUACUAAUGGGGUUGCAUUCCCACUUCCCCAACAUGGAAUUCCUGAUCCAUAUCCUGAAGAACCUGCUCUUGGUACCGGUGCUAGUUCAUGCCUCGGUCUUUUCAAUACUAAUGAUGAUGAAUUUGGGAUGCCAAUCUGGUCUUUACCUCCUGGAAGUCAAGCGGGUCCCAGUUUCCAGUUAUUUGGUUCAGAUGCGGAUGUCUCGGAUGCCUUACUCGAUUUGCAGCAUGGUUCCAUUAACUGUCCUACUUCCAUGAAUGACUACUCAUUUACUCUAGAGCCUGCCAUGGGGUCCGCUGGUCCUGUCCCUGAGUCUUCAAUUGAUCAUUCAAAUGCUGAUUUAAAUGAUAGAUUAAUUAAUAAUCCACUGCCAUUUGGUGGCGAUGAUCCCCCUCUUCAAUUAUUUCUUCCUACAAGGCCUUCUGAUGCCUUGAUGCAGCCUAAUUUGAGAGAUCAACCUGAUGAGUCUGAGGAUUGGGUUUCUCUCCGACUUGGGGGUGGUGGCACUAGUGGUCAAUCUGCGGCUGCAAAUGGAGUAAAGUCACAGCAGCAAUUACAAUCCAAGGAAAGGCCCAUGGAUUCUUUGACAGACACUGCUUCUUUGCUUCUUGGAAUGAAUGACAACAGAUCUGGCAAGACAAGCAGGGAAAGAUCCGAUAGCCCAUUUCCUCGCCAGCGACGUACUGUAAAACGAUUUUAUCUUUCUAUUGACUCAGACUCUGAUUAGAUUAGUUGGACAUUGGUUUCUGGGAGUAUAUGCUGCAACAAUAGAGAACUGUUUGGAACCCCCCGUCUUGAAGAAUUCAAUUCCUGGAAAGAUUCAGAGAUCUGUUGUCUUUACUGCCCAGUUGGUUUAUACUUGUAAAUUGAAGAAAGCUGAGAAACAUUUUUGCCCAUGUGAGUAGUCUCAGUUGCUGCAAGGCAUGCAUAGCAUAGCGGGACAAAUUUUAGCAAUGAAGUGUUCUGCUUUAGAAGUGUGCCGUUGCUUCAGGAAUUCUUUUUAUUGGGCUUGGUUUGAAAAUUCUUUUUUUCUCUCCGCGUGGUGAUUUGCAGGUCCCAUGCUCUGAUAAAUUGUACAAUAGACAGUUAUUUUUAAUGUGAAAUUGAGAACAAAUCCGAUGGUUGCAUGACCUUUGGAUAUAGGGGGUGAGUCCCCAAAAGUAAACACAAAUUUUCCUUUGAUUUUUUCGUCUUCUAUUUAUGACGAGCAAAAUAGAUCAUGUAAAUUUUCUUCACCUUACCUGAUUGAAUAAUUUAUAGAAAUGUUGGAUCUUUCAGACUUUUUUUUGGGACGAGUUUUAGUUAUUGCUGUUGGAUA